AAGUAGUGCGAUCGGGAUCGUAAUACAGAUGCAUGGGUUGUACCUUGGGGUAACACAAAUAGGCUAUUCUUUCACGGGUGGUUUGUGGCCAGGUAUGGCAAGUGGAACAGCCCUAGUGGCGAGAAGGCUUCGUGAUGCACAGGAGACACGAUAUCUUGAUUUGUCAGGAUGUGACUUGUCCAAAGUCCCCGACGCCAUCUAUGUCAUGCUUAAGUCUGUACCCAUCAACAAAUGCACGAUGGCCCAUAACAUGCUGACAAAAAUUCCGUCCAAGUUUCCGUCCAACUUCACAAAACUCACAGAACUAGAUUUAAGUAAGAACAGAUUGAACCAAUUCCCACCAGACAUGCACGUAAUGCAAGACAUCCGGGUCUUGAACCUCUCCAACAACGCUCUCGAAAGUGUUCCUCUCUUUGUGUAUUCACUGCCAAAUCUUCAAGAACUUUUCCUUCAGAAUAAUUGUAUUAUGGAUGUUGAAGUGAGUCGACUUGAGGAUAUUGAAAGCCUGAGUCACGUAAACUUACAAAACAACCCCAUUUCUGACGAUCUGAAAUCUCAAUUACAGUCCUGUAAUUUUACAGUGUUGCUAGGCAACAGUUCAGUGUCCUAGCGUAAGUUUUUUACACACCCGGACAACGAACAAGUGGAGAUUUUUCGAAUUCGUCGAGUGACUACGUAAAGAUAUAUUUGUUGUACAUUUUAUAUCCCAUUUCCACCAUCCACGAUGAUGUUCGGAUAUUUAAAAGUAUAUGAUGAAUAUGGAUGUGUUGUGUUUUAUAUGGAUUGUUCAUUUACAUGCUGUUGAUGAGUUAAUUGUGCAAUAAUCUUUAAUACGUUUGGGAUUAAAUUUAUUUUGUAUUUUCAUUUUCUCUGUUGUAUGCAUGAAUUGCAACCUAUAAUCAAUAAAUCAUUUCAAUUAACAAUCGAUUAUACGUUUAAUAAACAAGACGAAAAAUGAGCUAAAAUAUUUGCAGCAGAAAACAAGUACAUACGAACUAACAAAAUGUCUGUUUUUCUUCUCAUUUUUGGUAAAAAUAAAUAUUUCGUAAAAUUUGCA